AAAGACUACCCCUGCUGGACAAAAGUGUGCAGUCGCUUCCUUGCAUAUGUGUCUACAGUGCGUUGUUAAGCUGGAGUACCAUGGAGGGCUAGCGGGUACCUGCGCCUGAGCCAGUGCGACGGAGAUGCCCAUAGCCACCACGGAAUCCAUUUUCAUUCGUCUUUGCACAACAAACACCAGAUUUAUUUCCCUCUUUGUGUGAAGAAAGAGAGGACAACACAAUGAAGCAUUUUCUAAGAGCGCUGACACAGUUCUUCACUUUCCUGUACUGCAAAUUUCUCUGGAGAACCCUUAAGUUUGUGACCAGGAAGCUCACGGGCCGAUGCGAGCUGCAGCGCAUUUGCCACAACCACAAGCCAGGGGCCAAGAGAACUUUUAAGAUUGAGCACUCUCUGAAGUCCUCCAAAAAUGAGGUCUUGCAGUCUGCUGUGGCAGCGAGCCCAGAUGCUGUGGAGAGGAUCGUUGAUGAGAUCUUGGAUCUGAAGAAGAUCAGCCCAGAUGUGAACCUACAGCUGGGCAUCUCUCUGCAGGCCAGCCUGUUCCAGAUCGUGGGCUACAGGGGCCUGGUGGCUGAGGUGGAGAAACUCCGCAGAGAGCCGUACGACUGUGAGAACACCGACCACGAGGAUAUGCUCCUGAGGCUUUGGAAGUCUCUGUCCCCCGAGGUUCCUUUGACCGGACGCAUCUCAAAACAGUGGAGUGAUAUCGGCUUCCAAGGCAGCGACCCCAAGACCGACUUCAGAGGAAUGGGACUUCUGGGACUGCAUAACCUGCUGUAUUUCGCAGAGCAUGACAAGGCCACAGCACUGCAAGUGCUCCAUGACUCUCAGCAACCCAAACACAGCAAGAUGAGCAAGGCGGAUUGGGAGAAAAACAGUUUUGACAAAGCCAUUGGGUUCUCGUUUGCCAUUGUGGGCAUCAACAUCACGGAGCUGGUGUACUCCCUGCUGGUGAGCGGAGCACUGAAGACCCACGUUUACAACGUGGCACCAGAGAUGCCCAGCCUGGUCCACUUCCAGCAGACCUUCUGUUACCUGAUGCAGGAGUUCCAUAAGUUCUGGAUCGACGAGAACCCAUGCGACAUCAUGGAGUUCAACCGCAUCCGCGAGAAGUUCCUGCGCGGGGUGACCAAGCAGCUGAAGAACCCCAACAUGGCGCUGUGCCCUCACUCCCCUGCCUCUGACCUCCACCUCAUAAACCUGUGAUCCCACUGUACCCCCCUCCCCCUUCUCAUCACUGCCAAAUGCUUGUGCCAAAAUCCCACCUCAUCUCAGUGCAUGCUGGUAAUCACUAUAUCUGUCAUUUCUAGUGGUGUUGGCCAACCAUGGUGGUUUAGAUUUCAUUGUCAAAUAUCUUCUACAGACUAGAUUGUUAUGAACAAAACAUGCCAGCUCAAAUCGAAAGAGGAAGUGUGGUCAAAUAGCUUCUUUUCUCUAUGCUGCCUAUAAAUUCUCCAGCACAUAUCAUGGAAUGUCAAGUGUGUGGAGUAGGGUAGAUUUGCAGCUCUGAAUGUGUCCAUUUUGGCUCACAAAUAAUUGUUCUUUAUGGGUUCUUGAAAAACCCCAAGCCUUUGCAUAGAACUUCUUACACAAGGAGUCUCGUGUCGUAAAGGAUUCCCCAGCUGAUAGCUGAUAGCCAAAAAAGCCCCUAUUUAUAGUCAGUAGAACCUCCCUUAAGAUUCCCGUAUUGGACUUAUUUUAACCAUAUAAAGUGGUCUGUGGUUGGCCCUGGAAUGAUGGAUUUUAAACAAUGGUCAUUUAUUUAUUUUAUUGACUAUCUGUUGUGUCCACACAUACUCUUAUCAAGUUCACUAAUUCAGACAUUUUAAUCGCAGUGUCUUGUUUAAUGAUUGUCUUGCUUUUAUUGAUUGUGAAAAAAAUCUAAUAUAUACUCACAAUGUUGUUUUGCUUUGUUUCAUCAAUUCAAAGAUUGUCUCAUCAACAAUGAUUGUUUAUUUUUGGUGCUUAUAUCUCAUGCUAAUGGUUUUCUAAUGUGUCUUCUAAGUCUGUCAAAAAGGGGGAUGUGUGCAUACUAGGCUUACUUAAUACGAUAAAUAACACAGAAUCAGAAUGAUGCUUUGUCAAAUUUUCAUGAUGACAUCUUUGAUGGUAAACUAUAGAAAUAGAGUUAUUUAUCUGAUAUAUAUCUGUUGUAAUCGCUUCUCUUUGGAGAGUGUUGUAAAGCUUAUUUUUAAGUGGCAGCCACUAAAAUACUGCUUGAUAUUUAGCUUUUGUAUGCUUAUCUCUCUGCAAAUGUCAGUUAUUCCCUUGUUUUCUUUGAACCUCUAGGCUGGCUUUGUUUAUUUGCCACACACACACACACACAGACACACACACACACACAGUGAAUUUAAUACCUAUUUAUUACUUUAGGGUCCUAUAUUUUUGCAAUGUAGAUUGCCCCAUAGAUUUAUACUAUUAGCUUGCUGUCUAAAAGAUGCUUUGCUCAAAGUAUUUCUGGUGCAAUUCCUAAACCUGUCAUUAGUCUGUUAUGGAAUUCAUUUCACAAUCAUGUUAUGUUAUGCUUUUCAUUUAAAAUAAAGAUGAUAUCUGUGAA